AUGGAGCAAAGUUUAGUUCCAAAAUUAGGAUUUGAUUCUUUAAUUGAGGCUCAACAAAAUUUUGGUGACACUGGUGCAUUUAGUAAUACAGAUCUUGAAAUUUUACACUCAUUUUUUGGAGAGCAUUUUAUUCUUGCUGCAGAACUACUGGAUAAAUGUUGUAUCACAGAAUAUAAGUUGGCGAAUAACUUGAGAAACAUUUUUAAAAUUGUUACUAGCAAAGAGCAAUAUACAAUUUUUGACAAUAUAAACUUUUGCCACUGCAGUAUUUUUAGGUAUCAAGUUUUAGAAAUGAAAAACGCCAUUACGUGUAAACACGUACUGGCUGUGAGAAUAGGAAAAAGCAUGGGGAAAGUAUUUGUAGAAAGUGUUACUGCAUCUCAAUUGGUCGAUUUUUUGAAUGAACAGUUAAAUUUUAUAGAACCGGAUAAUGAAUAA